AACAACAUAGUCGGUGGCGCCAUCUUUUCGGCCGGGUUCGCAGCUUCUUACCGCCCUCAUCACGCACAUCGAUAUGGCAAAACAAAAACACAGGGGAAAAUAAAAUAAUAAUUCGGUUUUCGCAAAGCAAACUGUCGUUGCAAGGUUUUUUAUUUAUUGGCAAUCUGUUCAUGAUCGGUCUACACCGACCAUCGUCCAGCCCGAGAGCCCGAGAGUCCGAUUGUGUUCCAUUACUCACUCGCUUUGUUUCAGAGCCUCGGAUCAUAAUGGUUGGCCGGCACAUUUUUUAAGAAACUCAGGGAUCCCCAUACCGAAUGUUUUGUGGGGGCAAUUCUUUUAUUGAUUGGUAUUCGUUCCUUCAAAAUGUUCACUGGUGUUUCGAUGCUUUGUAUUGGAAAUUAAGGUGAAAAUGUCAUCAACAGCUGGAAAGCAAAGUAACAACACUGGACAGGAUGAUGAGGGUGAAGAAGAGGACGAUGAAGUUGGGGACUUGGUGUCUGCCAUCAAUUACAACACCAUUAAUUAUAACACUAUAUCAUCUAUGGCAGUGCUCAAAGAAAUACUUGGAGCUCAAGAUAGUCCAGAAGACGCUGAUUGGUUUCAACAUUAUUUUUUACGUCACGUUAAUCGUUUACCAUCAAGAAGUCAUCAGUUUGUUGGUAGACGUCUUUCAGAAUGUAAAGAAGAAGAUGAACAUAUUGAAAAUAAUUUAAAGUCACCAGUAACAGAUGACCAACUGAAUAGUACUAAUAUAAGUGCUAAGUCUACACCUCCAAUAUCACCACCAUCACAUCAUAGGGAUAAACACUUUUUUGAUGUUAAUUUGGUAGAAAUGAAGUCUCAAGCAUCUUCAACAUCCACUUUAGAUUAUGAUUCAAUGGAUGACGUAUGGAUUAAGCGUUAUGAUGCAGAAACAUCAAAACGUCGAGCAGAACUUGGAUCACAACCUUUACCAACUACAGCAGAUGAAUCAGAUGGUCAGUGUGUAUCAAUCAAUCGCCCAAGAUCUGGUACCUGGAGCAAAGGAGGUUCAGCUCCUGUACUGCUACCUGCAGUGGUAGCUGCUCUAGCUAAAACUAAAAAAGGAUCAGUUGGUGUGGAAAGACGGCAAUCUGGAGAUGAUAUUUUAGCUAAAGGUACUCCAAAAAUACAACCAUCAAAAAAUAAAACUCAACAAUUGCAAUCACAACAAAUUCAACAAUCUCAAAAUAUCCAAAAGAAGAUGUCACCAAAACCUCGUUCUGGACAAUCUCCUUCUCAUACUCGCAAGACAAAUACACUUUUAGAUGCUUUUAGACCUCGAUCAAAAUCUGAUGCAGCAUCUAAAAAGAAUAACACAAUAAUAUUACAAAUGAAAAACUCUAUUCAACAAACUCUUAAAUCACCUGGUUCAAGUGCUCGAAAUAGUAUAAGUGGAUCAAGUUUAUCUAGUGAUACUGUUGAAUUCAAUAAUUUGGUACCCCCUCCAACUCGAAAUCGUUAUAAGCAAACUGCUGUAGCAGCAAGACCACGCGCUGGAUCAGAUAGUGCUAGUACAAAAGGGGCUGUUUCUAAAAUGAUGGAUUUAUUUAGACAUAGAUCUCAAAGUGCUGUUUCUGCGGAAGACAAACGAAAAGCUAGAGCAGCCAAUAUUCCACACACAAAUUUUGCACAAGGAGCCCUAUUACGUAGAAGUUCUCUAGACCCUGAAACCCGUCGACUGUCUCUGGGCACUAUAUCUAAUUCAAGGAAAAACUCUGAUGGCCUUUUAGAUCCUACACAUGCAGCAAUAUUGUUUAGAGAUUCCCGAGGACUUCCUGUUGCUGAUCCAUUCUUAGAAAAAGUAAAAAUAAAAGACCUGGUCGAAGACGAAAGUCAGAUAUUUGUGAAAUUUUUUCGCUUCCAUAAAACUUAUGAUCUCAUACCAACCAGUGCAAAAUUGGUUGUAUUCGAUACACAAUUAAUUGUAAAAAAGGCAUUUUUCGCUUUGGUCUACAAUGGUGUGCGAGCUGCUCCAUUAUGGGACAACAAGCGUCAACAAUUUGUGGGCAUGCUAACUAUUACAGAUUUUAUCAGGAUACUACAGAAGUAUUACUCUUCUUCAUCUUCGAGUAUGGAGGAAUUAGAAGAACAUAAGCUGGAUACCUGGAGAAACGAAUUACAUCAAGAACGUCCACAAGAAUUAAUAUCAAUUGGCCCUGAUAUGUCAUUAUAUUUUGCCAUUCAAACUUUAAUAAAUAAUAAAAUACAUAGGCUUCCAGUAAUUGAUCCUGCAACUGGAAAUGUUCUUUAUAUUGUGACGCAUAAACGCAUACUACGUUUUCUUCUUCUUUACGUAAGGAUAAAUGAUUUACCAAAACCUGCAUAUUUGUCUCAGAGUCUAGAGGAACUAAAAAUUGGCACUUAUGAAAAUAUAGAGACAGUGUCCGAAGAAACAUCUAUUAUAUUAGCAUUAAAGAAAUUUGUUGAACGCAGAGUAUCUGCUUUACCUAUGGUUGAUCAAGAAGGUCGACUUGUUGAUAUAUUUGCUAAAUUUGACGUCAUUAAUUUAGCUGCAGAACGUACGUAUAAUAAUUUAGAUGUUACUCUAAAACAAGCCAAUGAGUAUCGAAGUGAUUGGUUUGAAGGUGUACAAAAAUGCCAUCUGACUGAUACAUUAUUUAGUGUAAUUGAAAAAAUUGUUCGUGCUGAAGUGCAUAGGUUAGUUGUUGUAGAUACAGAGGACAAAGUCAUUGGAAUACUUUCAUUGUCCGAUAUCCUACACUAUUUAGUACUUCGACCUUCUGGAGCUGAGCGGUUAUUGAAAGCCAAAGACCUAUAUGAAAAUAAUGUGGAAAGCCCUAAAGCUUUAAACUCAAUCAUGGAGCCAAUACUAUUACAAUCAUAAUGUAAGCUAACAUAUUUUAUUUAAUCCUGUGACGCUAAGUUACGGGAACAGAAUUAAUAGUCUGCAGUCAUAACACCGGAUGAUCUGGUUUAAUUUUAUUUGUAAAAGUAUUAUUUACCUAUGUAGUAUUAUACGACAGCGCUUUAGAGACAACAAAAUGUUCAUUCUCUAAGUAUUAGAUGAAAAAUGUAUGUUCAAUGCCUUUUUUUUUAUUAUUAUUAUUAUUAUUAUUAUUAUUAUUAUAUCUUUUUUUUUUAGAAAGAACUAGUCUGAAUUUUUAAUAUAAAUAUUAUUUUAAUGUCUAAAAGUUCUACAUUAAAAAAAAAAGCGUUACGUGAUUUUUCAAAUGACCGUGUGAUAUUGUCAAAUGAAGAGCUGUUGAAAUAUUAUAUUUGUUAUUUAAUAUAUUAAUAAUAAUAUUUUUUGACUAUUUAUCUUAUGUACAAUGUACAU